CCCCAAACCCUAGGGCAGAGACCUGCUCUCAACACUCCUGAGUAAACAACUGAAUUCUAGAAUCCUUGCACCAUGGAGAUGCUCCAUCUUGUUCUAAGGAGCAGUAAGGGCUGGAUUUCUCCUUGCCAUGGCAUGUGGAUCAGUGGAUCCCCAGAACCUUCUCCCACAUCCACUUUCUUCUCCCAGACUUAACAAUCUGCCCUACGUGGAAGGGCCCUGGUUCUGGUCAUGUGGUCAGACCAACAUAUCCUGCAAGGUGGUAAAUGGAAAAGUGGUGGAGGUAGGCAAGUGGCCAUGGCAGGUGAGUAUUCUUUUUCUGGGAAUAUAUGUCUGCAGUGGAUCCCUCAUCCAUCACCACUGGAUCCUCACAGCUGCACACUGCUUACAAAGAUCCAAGAACCCAGCCAACUACACCGUGAAGGUGGGUGUCCAGAACCUCCCGGACAACAGCUCAGAGCACCUCCUCACUAGCAUUGUGAUUCACGAGAAGUUCAACAAUCACAUAUCUUACGACAUCGCCAUCCUGAAGCUCAAGCAUCCUGUCUCCUGGUCCCCCCUUAUCCAGCCAAUCUGUCUCCCCACCAUCAAUUUCAAGCCAAGCAUUGGCACCAUGUGUUGGGUCAUUGGGUGGGGACAAGAAAAGACUAAAGGGGCCCCGAAGACUCCCUACAGUCUCCAGGGUUUGGCUGUUAGGAUUGUGAACAAUGAAAUCUGCAACCAUCGGUACCAGUUCCUCCUGCUGAAGAACCAAAAGAAGUUCAUUGGGAAUGACAUGCUGUGCACAAGCUCAGAAUGGGGCCUGGACACCUGUCAGGACACCUCUGGCAGCUCCCUGGUUUGCCAGAUGAACAAGACCUGGAUCCAGAUGGGGGUGGUGAGCUGGAAUUUUGGCUGUGGUCGCCGCCGGUUCCCAAGCAUCUACACCAGCACCUCCCACUUCACCCAGUGGGUCAAGAGGCAGAUCAGUGACAUGAGGUUUGCCAGUAUGGCUGUCCCUUCCUUCCUAAGCCCGUUCAUCCUCACUAGCUACAUUUUGCUGGUUUCCCUGGGUUCCCUGUGGCUCUUGUGAACCGUGUUUCUACAACAGUCGUUCCCAGAGGCAACUUCUCCCUCCUCUCUGCUCAGAAGAGGACACCGGAGGCUGAACAGAGCUUCAGGACAGAGGGACUUUGGGAGAAGGGU